UGGGAGGCUGACGGCCCGCGGGCGAAAGCGGACUGCAGCCGCGAGCUCCUGGCGGCGGCGGGAUGGAGGCGGCGGCCGGUGAGUGGCGGGCCAGGGUGCGGAGCCGCCCCAGGGCCUCGCUUGGGGCCCCGCCGCGUCCCUUCCCGGGGCGGCCUCGCUGCGUCGCGCGCCUCCGGUGCGACCAUCACCGGCCGGCGUGGCUGGGCCGGGCCAGAGGCCGCGGCGCGGGCAUUUUCUAAACAGGGUCGUUUCCUGCGUGCUCCUGCUUCGAUGUGGAAGCUCCGUGAUCUCGGAGGGCCUGAGUCGUGGAGUUGGGGGAGCUUUUCAAGUUAACUUUAUUGAGCACCGCGUUGUAGGCGGGCUCGGUGGCGCCUGUGGGCCCCGCUAUCCUGGAGGUCGCGGUUGCAACUGCACCGCAGCCCGGGCAAGAGCGAGACCCCGUCUCUAAAUAAAUCACACGCGCGCAGUCAUGAAAGUAAGACGGACGCCAGAAUCUCACAUGCUUUUAAGUUCUUUGUGGAAGUGGCGCUCUCAGUGUUCAGAAAAGUGUAAGUUGCGCGGGACAGAAUUCACACCGGUGGGGACGAUCCGUUCGCCAGAUCAGCGCCGAGGGCCCUCCUGAGUAGUGGGAGCCGCAUUUAUCUUCUAAGAGACCUCGAGUCCGGUACCAAAAGGAAAACAUUCCUCGGACAGCAAGGUCUUGCAGCGCAACUCUGACAGAUUAGAAACCGAGUGCUGGAGUCUUUUGUUUGUUUUUGAGACGGAGUCUCGUUCUGUCGCCCAGGCUGGAGUGCAGUGGCGCGAUCUCGGCUCACUGCCAGCUCCGCCUCCCGGGUUCACGCCAUUCUCCUGCCUCAGCCUCCCGAGUAGCUGGGACUACAGGCGCCCGCCACCACGCCCGGCUAUUUUUUGUAUUUUUAGUAGAGGCGGGGUUUCACCGUGUUAGCCAGGAUGGUCUCCAUCUCCUGACCUCGUGAUCCGCCCGUCUCAGCCUCCGAAAGUGCUGGGAUUACAGGCAUGAGCCACCGCGCCUGGCCCAGUGCUGGAGUCUUAUUCCAGAGGAGAAGCCUGGAAAAGCCUGUCCUUAUUAUCAGGUCGAAUUUACUACAAAAGCCUGGAAACCUGGCUGGCGUCAGGCACAUCAUCCUGGUCCUCUCAGGAAAGGGGGGCGUUGGGAAAAGCACCAUCUCCACGGAGCUGGCCCUGGCACUGCGCCAUGCAGGCAAGAAGGUGGGAAUCCUGGAUGUGGACCUGUGUGGCCCCAGUAUCCCCCGCAUGCUCGGGGCGCAGGGCAGGGCUGUGCACCAGUGCGACCGUGGCUGGGCACCCGUCUUCCUGGACCGGGAGCAGAGCAUCUCGCUCAUGUCUGUGGGCUUCCUGCUGGAGAAGCCGGACGAGGCCGUGGUGUGGAGAGGCCCCAAGAAAAACGCGCUGAUAAAGCAGUUUGUGUCCGACGUGGCCUGGGGGGAGCUGGACUACCUGGUGGUGGACACGCCCCCUGGGACCUCCGAUGAGCACAUGGCCACCAUAGAAGCCCUGCGUCCCUACCAGCCCCUGGGGGCCCUCGUGGUCACCACGCCCCAGGCGGUGUCUGUGGGGGACGUGAGGCGCGAGCUGACCUUCUGUAGGAAGACGGGCUUGCGGGUGAUGGGAAUCGUGGAGAAUAUGAGCGGCUUCACCUGCCCACACUGCGCAGAGUGCACCAGCGUCUUCUCCAGGGGCGGCGGAGAGGAGCUGGCCCAGCUCGCCGGGGUGCCCUUCUUAGGCUCCGUGCCCCUGGACCCUGCGCUCAUGAGGACCCUGGAGGAGGGCCACCACUUCAUCCAGGAGUUCCCCGGGAGCCCCGCCUUCGCUGCACUCACCUCCAUAGCCCAGAAGAUUCUGGACGCGACGCCCGCGUGCCUCCCCUGACUAAGGCCACCUUGCAGCCGCUUUCCAGGGCCACCAAGGGCUCUGCUCCAGCCUCUCAGAGAAACAGAGGCCUGGGCUCGGUUCCCAGGCCCUGCAGGGGCAGGCCCAGGGAGCGUCAGCGGGAGAGCGUCUCCCCGACCAGACCAGCCCCAGGAUGUGUCGCACCAGCAGCUCUGCCUGGUUGGCCUGCAGUGCCGUGGUCUGCGUGCUCUGCAGCUGUGAGACGGGGGCGGCCUGGGCUCUAUUCCCAUCCAUGUUGCCCACCUGUGCCCCUGGCAGCCGCGUGUCCACACAGUUAGCAGAGCGCAGGACUUCUGCAGUCCUCAGGUGACCCCGGGCCUCCAGCACCUUGGGUCACUGUCAUCUGUGUUAAGCUCGGGGAGUGCCCCCUAAGGGGGCGAACUGACCUCAGGCAUAUCUUGUAACUGUAGAGGCGCCUGCCAUUAAACGUGUCCGCUGCUGUGGCGACAGA